UGGGGGAGGCGGACGAAAGGACCUAGCUCCCACGGCCCCCACUGCUGCCUCCAGGACUCCCCACGGCCAGUCUCAGAUGGCUGACAGCAGGCCCAAGCCUGCCAAGCCCGCCAACAGGACGCCCCCCAAGUCCCCGGGGGACCCCACGAAGGACAAGGCAUCCAAGAGGCUGUCUCUGGAGUCGGAGGGCGCCAGCGAGGGGGCAGCGGCCGGGGGCCCGGAGCUCAGCGCCCUGGAGGAGGCCUUCCGGAGGUUUGCUGUGCACGGGGACACCAGGGCCACCGGGAAGGAGAUGCACGGCAAGAACUGGUCCAAGCUGUGCCGGGACUGCCAGGUGAUCGACGGCAGGAACGUGACCGUCACCGACGUGGACAUCGUCUUCAGCAAGAUCAAGGGGAAGUCGUGCAGGACCAUCACGUUCGAGCAGUUCAAGGAGGCGCUGGAGGAGCUCGCCAAGAAGAGGUUCAAGGACAAGAGCAGCGAGGAGGCCGUCCGAGAGGUGCACAGGCUCAUCGAGGGCAAGGCGCCCAUCAUCUCGGGGGUGACGAAAGCCAUCUCCUCGCCCACCGUGUCGCGGCUCACGGACACCACCAAGUUCACGGGCUCCCACAAGGAGCGCUUCGACCCGUCGGGCAGAGGCAAGGGCAGGGCGGGCCGCGUGGACCUGGUGGACGAGUCGGGCUACGUGCCAGGCUACAAGCACGCGGGCACCUACGACCAGAAGGUCUGUGCCAAGGACAGACGCCGGGCCUGGGCGGCUGUGCAAAGGGGAGAAGCCUCCUCAGUCGACCAAAGUGACUGGAAGUGUGUCAGCCCCCGGAUCCAGGAUGGUGGCGGCCUCUGCGGGCAGCUUUGUCCUGAGACCCUGGGACUUCACUGCAGUGACAGGAACACCCAGGACACGAUGGGAGCAAGGUAUCCAGAGUCACCCCGAGGAUAUGGACCCCUGCGGCCUGGAACGUUUCUGACUUAGGGAUCCUGAGCUGCAUGGCCAGGAAACGGCUGCCCCCCCUGCCCCGCCCCCCACCAGGCAAGAGUAACACGGGGAAGUGGGUCUGAGGACCACAAGUGUAGGGUGUUCCCGGGCAAGUGACAAGCCGAGCACACAGAGAAAGCCUAUGCCCUAUGUCCCAGGGCUGCCAGGUCCCCACGGUCUCGGCACAGGGCUCCUCCUUGGGAGGACGCAGCAGAACGCUGGAGUCCAGCCCUGGCCCAAGGACAGGGGGGCCCCACACCGUGCCCGGUGGGGCAGGGGUCGCCGCCUCUGCCCUUCCAGCCUGUCCCGGGGGCGGGAGCCCGUGGGGUUGGGGUCUGAGCCAAAGAACCAGGCAAGCACACCCUGCGGCCGCUUCCUCACACGGUGCCCGGCUAAGCCCCAGGCCAGCCCACCCACCACCCAUGCAGGUUCGCGGCUGGUCAGCCCUCCGCCAGGGGUGCAAAGGUAGGUCGAGGGCCCUGGGGCCACGGCCGGGCACCCGGCGGGGGGGGGGGGCGCUCGCAGCCCCGCCCCCGCGUGGAGCCCAGUCCACAGCCGCGGCCCCCCGGGCUCUGACGUCCAGCACACAGGCAGGUGUGUGUCUUUGCCGCAUGUUUCUGUCCAACGCCCAUUUGCUUCUACUAACCACGGUUAACCAGGAAUUAACCGUCUAUCUGUGAAUGAAGGAGACUGCACAGCAGGCACACCAGGGAGCAGGGACACGCGGUCGGGGCGCCAGGAGAGCGUUUGAGAGCGCCCAUCCCAGCAGAGUAUCUAUUUAUUUCUAUUUAAUGCCCUAGGAAAGCACUAGGCAGGGCCCAGCUCACCGCAAUGGAAGUUCAGAUGAUAUAAGAUGCAGAAAGAGAUCUAUAUUUAUACUGGAGUAUUUUUCCAUCUUGAACAUCCUCAGUCUUAAGGUUUGAGGCAGGUGAAAACCCCCGAGAAGCAGGCGGGGCUCCGGUGGCAUCACUUCCGGUCUGUGCUGCUCCGAGGCCACGUCCCGGUGGCCGAGAGCUCGGCUAGGCUGAGGGGUCCCCCGAAGCACCAAGUGGGCAGAGGCUCACGUGCCCAAAGCCUGGGCCUGCUCGGUCACUAGCUGUCACGAGCGAGGUCUAAAUGGCACACAGCCUCACCGUGUACUUGGCAUUGGCUGUGGCUGGUUGUGCAGCUACGUCGGUGUGGGGGUGGGGGGCGAAGUCUCAGAUGCCAGGGCCACGCAACCUACACCGGUCACCGCCCGCCCUCCACAGCGAAGGCUCCCUUCCUCUGGCAGAGCCCCCGCACAAGCUGGCACACCUGGUCCUGCAGGGCACGCAGGUGGGGACACAGCUGUCACCUGUUCCACAGGGCCCAGGCUGCCGGCUCAGCUGUACCGUGAGGUCCGUCCCCACGAGGCUCAUCCCCUUAGCGCGCUGGCCCUGCGCAGCUUCCCUCCCCACUUACUACUGAUGCGCCGUGAAAGCCCAAGGCUCAGGGCACGGCCUGUGCCCCAGCACCCGAGAGCGGGUGGCGGUGGCCCCGGGCAGCGCCAGCCGGUGGUGGCCGCCCUGCCCUUUGAGAUGCUUUCGUUGACUCUCUCUUCCUCAAACCAAGCCAAACAAAGGAAACGCACACGACUCAGACUUGAAAGGGAUCAUAUGCUACUAGUUUGUACUAAGUUUUUUCAGGAGAGGGGAAUAAAUGUAUAUAUAUAUGCAAUCUAUUUUUGCACUGUUUUCUUACUGUCAGGGAGUGGUGGGACAAGCAGCGUCCAUGUCAUGGGCGCUCUGGCUCAGAGCCACACUCGCCAGGAACUCUGGGGGCACCUGUGGAGCCGAGGCGCAGUGCCGCCUGGUGGAGCCACCGUCCAGGCCUGCUUGCAAACCUGCAGUCCGCCUCCUGUCUGUCUGCAUGCCCCUUGCGCCUUCCCUGUUGUUAACACUGUGUCAGACUGGCCAAGCGACAAAUAAAGGUGUUCCGUCAUGGG